UCUAUAUAUACGUAUAUACAACUAGCUCUAGCUACUAGCACCGUGGAUGCAAAGUCAUCCGAACAUGAAUUCCAGCACCACCAGCAACCCCGUCGGCGGCCACGAAUGGUGCAACCGUACACUCUAUCUGUCCGUGUACAACCUCACCUCCUCCUACACUGACAAGAGGAACGAGACCACCAUAGUGACCACCUCUGCCAUCAUGUUCAUCCUCGCCGCCCUCUUCUUCAACCUCAACCUCUACAGCCGCUUCACCCAAGUGAGCGCCAUCCUCAACCCGACCAUCCGCGUCUUCCUCUCGGCGUCGCUCUCCCUCUUCCUGCCCGUCAUGUCCUACCUCUUCUCCGAGGCCAAGAACGAAGCUGCCGCCACCGGUGAGGUGACCGAGCUCCCGCAACGAGCCCGGACGAUCCUCAUGUGGAUGCUCCUCGUGGAGCUCCUCCGCAAGAAGGUGGAGGCGAUAAGCAUGCACGCGUACUCCGGCACCAUCGAGCGCGCCGCAAGGAUAGGCUGGCUGGGCUACCUCGUCUUCUUCAACCUCAGAAGCGCCGGCAAGAAAGCGCUCUAUGCGACCCUUUGGGUCUUCGCUGCUGGCAAGCUGGUGCAGAGGUUCGUUACAAUGGAGCUGGCAAAGCGUUCCUUCGCCUAUGGUAGGAACCCUCAGCUCCUUGCCUCGUACAUGGCCCAGAUGCUGCUGCCACAAGACGGCGAGGCCAAGCAACUCAGUGGGACUGGGAGGGACCUGCUGAAGCAAUGCGACUACAUCGUGAUGGGGGAAGAGGACCUGGAGAAGAAGGCCGGCCCGGACGGCUACGUCUUCCCGGAGGCGAUCAGGAGUGGCGAGACCAGAGCCGUCACGGUCGGCGAGAUCUGGAAGCUCGCCCAGACCGACGACCUGUUCCGGGAGAAGGAGGGCCCCUCGCUCACGAGGCUGUGCCUCUCCUUCGCACUCUACAAGCUGUUGCGCCGGAGGCUGGAGGACUUCCCCAUCACCGACGAGGAAGCCCGCAACUGCCAUGACCUCAUCUUCAAAGGCCUCCUGUGUGCGGAGGAUGCCGGGGGCUCUGAUGCCGCCGCCGCCGACGCCAUGUUCCAAGUAUUCAACGACGAGGUCCAGUUCCUGUGCGAGUACUACCACUCCGUCCACCCCGUCGUGCUCGCCAGCCCGUUCUUCUUCCUGGUCAACUACAUCCUGUUCCCCAUGGUGGUUUGGGCCCUUUGCGUCCUCACCAUCAUCCUGUGCAGCAACGGAGACGUGCGCUACGCCUUCGACAGCUUCAACGACGACAACAACGCCAUAGCCGUCGGCAUAGUGAAGAUCGCCAUUUGCAUCAUGCUUAAGAUCAGGGAAGCACGCUCACCCAUGGCUCUCUACUCCACCGUCGACAUAUCCAUCACCAUCCUUCUCUUCCUUGCCUUCGUCUACGAGCAGGUCUGGGAGUUCAUAGUGUUCCUGCUCUCCAACUGGUUCCUCGUCUCCCUGCUCUGCAGCUACACCAGGAACCGCCGGUGGCGCGAGAGCCUGCUGACGAGACGGGCCAUCCGCUGCAUCCUCUGGGUGAGGAGAAAGCUGAGCUACCCCAACAUCUGCUUCAAGCAAUUCUCCGUGCUGUGGUUCAGGCGGUGGCCGUCCUCGUGGCUGCCCACCGUGGCGGUGCCCGAGGAAGCCAAGAAGAGCAUCAUGGACCUCCUGGCCAGCAACAUCCACCGUGUCAUUCCUCGCAGCAACGGCGCGCUCGCGCUACACUCCAACCAGGUGUCGGACCACCUCUCCUGGGCGUGCAGCGGCGGCGGCGGCGGCAUCGCCGAGGCCAUCAUCACCUGGCACAUCGCCACCGCGCUCCUGGAGGCGAGGCACCCGCGGAAGGAGCAGCUGCAGGCGACGGAACCGCACAGCCGCAAGGUUGCCACGGCGCUGUCAAGGUACUGCGCGUACCUCGUAGCCUUCCACCCGGAGCUCCUCCCAGAUGACAAGGACGGGACGGAGCGCGUGUACAAGGAGACCAGCGAGGAGCUGAAGAAGGAGAUGGGCUGCUGGGGGUACUACCUGUCCCGAAAGGGCGCCCGGUGCGACAAGCUCAUGGAGAUCGCGCGACGGACGCCGCCGGCACCGGUGCCGGACGCGGAGGCGGAGGGGACGACGGCGUUACGCAGGGGCGCGAGGCUGGGGAAGGCUCUGAUCGAGCAGCACGAGGGCGCAGCUGACGACGCCGCGCGCGAGAGGGUAUGGAAGCUGGUGGCCGACGUGUGGACGGAGGUGGUGGUGUGCGCGGCGCCGACGGGCAGCGAGGCCCACGUCAAGGCGCACAAGGAGGCGCUCGCACAGGGCAUGGAAUUCAUCACCGUGCUGUGGGCGGUGGCCACCCACACAGGCAUAUCCCGCGGGACCGUGCCGGUGACGACGCCUGCGCCUGCGGCUUCACCUACCAACUAUGUUUAGAUCCAUAUCCAUUGAGCGUGCUUAGUUUCCCCACAUGCGUAUUUGAUCCAACAAAAAUCCAUUCACCAUAA